GUAUGCGUUAAGGUUAGCGGUGGUGUGUGUGUCUUCAAGUGUCGUGCAUGCAUUUUAUGCAUCUGUUGCUUUGCAUGCACACACUCUCUCUCUCCUCUCUUUCUCUCUCUACAGAGACGCCCUCAAUCCCAAUGCACCCUCGUUUUCUCUCUCUAAAAACCCAGAUGAUGCUUGUGGUUGCAUAGAUUUGAGGAGAUAGAUAGCCAGCACUGCAAAGUUGGGUUCUUUCUUGUUCAUUUGAAUGACCCUUUAGUAGGUUCUCUUUUGGGGUGAUACAAAGUGGAAUUUCGGAAUUUGGAUUGAUGGGUUCCGAUAUUUGCGUCGUCAAUGGUUCGUGCACCCACGAUUGGAGGAAGGGUUGGCCUCUGCGAUCUGAUGGAUUUGCUCAACUAUGCUGCAAGUGCGGAUUUAUGGAGGAAUGGAAACGUGACAUCCUUGAUCCAUUAUCUGCCUAUGAGAAUUCAGUUUUCUGUAACAAGUUCCACCGUCAACAAACUGGUUGGGGGGAGUGUUACUUUUGCAACAAGCCUAUCCACUGUGGAUGCAUAGUAUCUAGAUCUUUGUUCGAGUAUCUUGACUUUGGUGGUAUAGGUUGUGUGAGCUGUGUAAAUACUUCCCAAUUGAGUAUGAUGAGGAAUACUGAAAAUCCAAAUGGGUCUGUUUCAUCGACCAAAAAUAAUGCAAGUGAUCGACAUUCUGCUCAGUUCGAUGGCCGACUAUUUAUGGGCGGUGUUGAUGAAGGAAAACUUAUGCAAUUCUGCAAAAUUGUUGAAGCUAGUGAAUCCAGUUGUUGGAAUCAAGCUCAAAGAGAUGGUUUAGUUGCACGUACUGGGCAAAGCAGCCAAGAAGCUAAUAAUUGUUCAUUCAGGGAAAGGGAUACUGGAUUUUCAAAUGUUAUGAAAUCAUCUGUUCAAUCAUUAACAUUUGCCACAGUAGAAAACAAUAGAUCAACAUGGGAAAUUAAAAACAGUCAUGAAUCAAAUUCACAGCAAUCUUUGAACAUGUAUUUGGGAAAUCCAUCAGGGAGCAACUCUGUCCCACCACCUGCUGGAGAGGCUGUAGAAGGAAGACUUGAGGGAAAAGCGUCUCAUCCCUUUCAUCAAGCCCAAAGAUCUCGCCCUAUAUUUCCUAAACCAUUGAAGACAGGGCUUACCAUGAACAUGGAAACAGAUAAAGGCACAACAUCUCAAUCACGUAUUGCUCGGCCACCUGCUGAAGGCAGGGGCAAGAAUCAGUUACUUCCUCGAUACUGGCCCAGGAUUACUGAUCAAGAGCUGGAGCGAUUGGCUGGAGAUUUGAAGUCCACUGUAGUGCCAUUAUUUGAGAAGGUGUUAAGUGCCAGUGAUGCAGGUCGAAUUGGUCGUCUUGUUCUCCCUAAAGCCUGUGCUGAGGCUUAUUUUCCUUCUAUUUCACAAUCCGAAGGUGUUCCUUUGCGAGUGCAAGAUGUGAAGGGAAAUGAAUGGACAUUUCAGUUCAGAUUUUGGCCUAAUAACAACAGUCGGAUGUAUGUAUUAGAGGGUGUGACGCCUUGCAUACAGUCCAUGCAAUUACAUGCGGGUGAUACUGUAACAUUUAGUCGCAUAGAUCCUGGAGGCAAACUUGUUAUGGGAUUCAGAAAAGCAUCAAAUUCUACAGAUACACAGGAUGCAUCCACAUCUGCACAAUCCAAUGGCAUUUCAGCAAAGGGAACCACCUUUUCUGGUGGAACUGAGAAUCUUCCAUCAGGAAGUAAUCAUUCUGAUCUUCUCCAUUCAAUUAAAGGGAAUGCCGAAUCUAUCUUGAAUGAACAUGCAGAACAUCAUUCGGGUACUGGAACUGCGGGGUUGCUUAAAAUUGAGAGUUAUGAGAUGACAAACAAUAAUUCACUUCAGCAACAAAUUUCAGUUUUAGAGAAGAAGAGGACUCGCAAUAUUGGGCCUAAAAGUAAGAGGUUACUAAUUGAUAGUGAAGAUGCAAUGGAGUUGAAACUUACAUGGGAAGAAGCACAGGAUUUGCUUCGUCCACCACCUAGUGUCAAGCCUAGCAUUGUCACAAUUGAGGACCAAGUAUUUGAAGAGUAUGAUGAACCCCCAGUUUUUGGAAAGAGAACUUUAUUCAGUGCCUGUUCAUCUGGGGGGAAGGAACAAUGGGCUCAAUGUGAUGAUUGCUCUAAAUGGAGAAAACUGCCAGUUGAUGCUCUUCUUCCUCCCAAGUGGACAUGUUCUGAAAAUGUUUGGGAUUCAAGCAGGUCUUCAUGCUCUGCACUAGAGGAGCUAAGUUCAAGGGAAUUAGAAAAUCUUCUGAAAACCAGCAAAGACAUUAAGAAGCGGCGAAUUAUAGAAAGCAACAAGUCCAUCCAAGAGCCCGAGCCUUCUGGCUUAGAUGCUCUUGCCAGUGCAGCAGUUCUGGGAGAAAAUCUCCUCGACCCAGCUGCCGAAUCAUCUACUGGAGCCACCACCAAACAUCCUAGACACCGUCCUGGCUGCUCUUGUAUCGUAUGCAUUCAGCCCCCAAGUGGAAAAGGUAGACACAAGCCAACAUGCACAUGCAACGUGUGCAUGACCGUGAAGCGCCGAUUCAAAACCCUCAUGCUAAGGAAGAAGAAACGCCAAUCAGAACGCGAAGCAGAUGCCGCCCAAAAAGAUCAAGUUCAUCAAAAAGACGAGUCGGACGCCACCGGAGCAUCAAGAGAUGAUACAAGCCAUUUGGAGAAAGAGGGUGGACUUAAAAGAAGCCAACAUGAAGUGGGUGAAUCCUGUGCUGGACAAAUAGACCUGAAUUCUCACCCCAACCGUGAAGACAUGCAAGUUGAUACCACAGCACUUGGCAUGCCUAGUCAUCUUGAAACAACAAACCAUACACCAAGGGAAUAUGUGAACCAAAAUGGCCUAAGAAGCUUUAAUAGUGAACUGCAUGCUAAUGACCAUUCUUUGCACACUCAAUCCAAUGAAAGAUGCUUUACUUCCAUUGUGUGGAACCAAGAAAAAAGAAAAGAUGAUGUACACAAUCAUCCCAAUCAAAGUCAAAACAAUCUUUCUUAACAUUUUAUUUAUUUUUAUAUUUAUUCCUUUUUUUUCUUGAUUGGAUUUUUUAUGUUUCUCCUUACUUGCAUUCUCACAGUACAUAUUUUGCUUUCUUUUUCAAAGGGGUGGUCGAAGAUAGUUCUUUUAUAUUUUUUAAUCAAAAUAAUGUAAUUUUUACUCUCGGUUUUCGUUGGAGUAUUUUUUUUUUUAUUAGAAGUGGUUCAUGCACUUUUUUUUUGACAAUGUAUUUGUUUGUGGUUUAUAUGAAUGUAACAUAGGAAAAAGUUAACCUUUUCAAGCUUCUGUUACUUUCUGCUAAUCUUGAGAGUUAUUUUUCAAGAUUCUACGACAGUAACAAUACCAUUUAGUGGCAUGUAGUUUUGUAUGAUGAUUAGCUGAGCUAAAGAGAGUUCUUAUGAU